AAACGCGUCUCGUUGUUUCGAGAUGUAGAUUUUUUAUUUUAUUUUUUAUUACAUGAAAUAGACAAAUACUCGCUUUUUUAGAUGCAUCUAUUCAAUUAUGCGUAGACGGAACUGAAGAGGAGUGGAAAAACAUUCCUGUCGGAUUUAUAAUAAACGAACUGAACCAUGUGUGGCUCUUACAGUAUUACUAACUAGAGAUGAUGGAGGACUUCUCUGGGCUGGCUCUUCCUCCUCUGUUCGGGGGACACAUCCUGGAAGCGGAGCUGGAGCCGGGGGGCGUGGAGCUGGGCCCCAGCGGCACUGAGCUCCUGGGGGACGAUGGGGCCCCGCCGGGCGCCGCACAGGACCAGGAUGAUGAGACGAGGGAGAUGGACAAAAAGAAGUGUCAGGCUCUCAGCAGGAGGUGCAAGGAGAUUGAGCAGGUAAAUGAGAAGAUUGUGGGACGCCUUCACCAGGUGCAGAGACUGACACGCCGACUGAGGAAAGAGAGGAGGUUCCUGAUGAAGACUCUGGACUCGUAUGGAGAUGAUUACAGGACGGCGCAGCUCACCUUCACACUGGAGGAUGAGGGGAAGGCAGGUUUAGAUCCAGCUGCUGGUGCUGAAGAAGACAGCUCUUCUCCAACACUUCCUCGUCAGUCAGCGGCUGGAUCAAAGAAAAAGAGACGCCGGCUCCCAAAGGACAGAGAGAGAGUUGCACAGAUCCCAGAGGAGCUGCACUGAAUCCAAGAGUCUCCACACAGUCAGGGUUAAAGAAAGUGUAGAUGUGUUUCCGCUUGUGUUCUCGGAGUACCUCCAGUCCAGUGGUUCUCCAAUCCAGUGGUUCCUCAGCCCAGUGGUUCUCCAGUACAGUGGUUCCUCAGCCCAGUGGUUCUCCAGUACAGUGGUUCCUCAGCCCAGUGGUUCUCCAGUCCAGUGGUUCUCCAAUCCAGUAGUUCUCCAGUCCAGUGGUUCUCCUGGCCAGUGGUUCCUCAGUCCAGUGGUUCUCCAAUCCAGUAGUUCUCCAGUCCA